CGAAUUCACUCUCUCUAAACUCCCUUGUAAAAGCACCCGUGCAUUCUCCGUUAUAAUAUAAAUUGGGCUACAGGUGUUCCACCUAAAGUCCUACCGGUCAAUCUGCGUGUUUUUACCUUUCUCACUUUACCAAAUCAAGCAAACUAUUCUAGACCCGAUCUAGUAUAGUUUGACCGGUCAAGUAAUUUACACCAUCAUUUUUGGCGCCACCCGUGGGACCGUUAAGGUUUCUUCUCUUCUAAACACAAACCUACCCACAAAAACACCAUUCAAAAUGUCUUCAAGCCAACAAAUCAACGCUACUUCCACUCAGGUGCAAGCCACCAAUGAGGGUACCAGCAUCCCUGUGGCUGCUACCCUGCCGGUCAUUUCUGCCCCAGUGUUGCCUUUGGGUCUGAGCUCUGUCCCAACGCCUAGCGUGAUCAGCCCAUUCACGACCCUCGUCCCUUCUGCUAGACCGAGGGUCACGUUCCCACCAAGCAUGACUCAGUUCAUGAAUGACCCUGCCAACCUACAAGCCAUCCAGGGCUUUGGCCAGGUCAUGGCCAUGUGCCAACAGAAUGGGGGGAUGCCUUUUCUUCCUGGGCCGUCGCGUCCCCCGCAAGGUACGAAUCCGCAAGUCACCCCUGAUGGUCAUUGCGUCUCAAUUGAGAGUGAUGACGGCGAGUGGGACAUUCCGAGGGCCCACAAGAAGAAGAAGGAAAAAACUAUCCGCCCAGCAACUUCCCGAAACUCCGCCUUCGAAAGGCUAGGGGACAGGGAAGAGGGCCAAAGAAAGUCAGCCAAACAGAGGCUGGGGCAGAGCGUCGCCCAUGUCAGCGCAUUUGCCCGGUUAGGUGAGGCCAAGUUCCAGGAGAAUUGUACUAAGAGGAAGAAAUUCACCUAUCUUAGUACAGCCGGGCAGAGGGAGUCUGAGAACCUUACUCAGUUCCUUACCCGGUGGAAGGAAGAGGUAGACAAGGUGGAAGAGAUGGAUGACAAGACCGUCUUAUCCCUCCUCUUGAAUGGCUUGCGUGCCGGGGAACUAUACAAGGAGUUCUGCCGGAAACCCCCGGCCACGUACCAAGAGGCCUACCAUACUGCAUGGGAGUUUGCUGAGGCUGAAACUCAACUCCGGGCGAAGAAAGAAGCCGAGCAUGGUUACAAGCCCAAGCCGGUGCAAGUCAAGAAGGAAGAAGCACCGGGACCUAACCGGCCUAGACACCACUAUGACCCGGUCGUCCGUAUGGUCAAUACGGAAGAAUGCCAAGAAAUCCGGAAAGCACCGGUCAUUCCUCCAGAAAACCCUACCGGUCAAACAGGGCGGCAGUGGUCGGGCACCUAUUGUUCGUACCUUAGGCCAGCUGCCCCGGGAGAUGACCGAGACAACGACCGACGGAGGAAUAGCCGGCCAAGGGAGCGGCAACCUGCUCCCGAAAAAGAGCACAUCGGCAUGAUCUUCGGCGGACCUGAGGGUGGAGAUUCAGCCGCGCAGUGGAAGAACUGGGUCCGGAGCAUUUACGUUGGUGAGGUAAGUGCUGAACCGCUCAGGCGUAAGCAUACUAGAAGGGAGCCGAUUGUCUUUACCGACCGGGAUCUCCCUCCUACCGGUGAAGAUCACAAUGAUCCAUUGGUCAUCACCAUGGACAUUAAUGGGGUGGAUGUCGCCCGGGUACUUGUUGACACCGGCAGCAGUGUCAACAUCUUAUACCUCGAGACUUUCCAAAAACUCAGGUUGUGUCGGACACAACUUGAACCCCUCAAAACCCCUCUCUCAGGCUUCAUGGGAGACACCGUUGAAGCUGAAGGAUCUAUUGUUCUACCGGUCGAACUAGGAUCAGGUGAGAAGACCGUGUGGAAAAAGAUGCGGUUCAUUGUUGUGGACAUUAAGUGCGUCCACAACGCAAUCCUUGGGAGGCCAGGCAUCAACAGAGUCGGGGCGGUGAUUUCCAUGCCUCAUCUAUGCAUGAAGUUCCACACUCCAGGUGGUGUGGGUGAAGUGAAGGGUGACCAGAGGAAUGCCCAGGAAUGCUAUGCCCGGGCAAUCAAGAAGAUGACCAAGGGGGUCAAUGUCAUCUCCCAAGAAAUCACAAAGGGAGAGACUCGGGAGAAACUGGAGCCCGAGGCCGAGACGGUGGAAAUCGAACUUCACCCGGGUGAUUCGUCAAGGAUGGUCAGAAUUGGAGCAAAUCUCCCCGAGGAUCUCAAGGCAGAGAUUUCACGGGUCCUACAAGAAUACGCGGGCAUAUUCGCAUGGAGCGUGGCAGAUAUGCCCGGAAUAGAUCGCUCUGUUAUCUGCCACCGGUUGGCCGUGAGGGAAGGAAGUCGACUGAAGCCCAUUUAUUAUGUGAGCAAAGCACUAAACGGAGCUGAGAGUAGGUAUACGGUGAUGGAAAAGACAGCCUAUGCGCUUUUCAUCUCCGCGAAAAAGUUAAAAUCCUACUUUCAAGCUCACCCGGUGGAAGUCUUGACUGACCAACCGCUGGGUGUAGUGUUGCGAAAUUCAACAUCCUCCGGGAGGAUGGUGAAGUGGGCGAUGAUGUUAACUCAAUUCAACAUUGAGUACCGGCCAAGGUCAGCAAUCAAGGGACAAGCCCUUGCUGACUUUCUGGUAGAAAUGACCGGUCUAACUCCAGACCUACCGGUCAACAAACCCGCUGAGCAAUGGUGGGAGAUGGCAGUCGAUGGGGCAUCCGGUCCUAGAGGAUACGGGGGUGGUAUCGUGUUCACCACCCCAGAAGGGUUCAGGAUCUACCAUGCAAUCGUCUUCAACUUCAAGCUGACGAACAAUGAGGUAGAGUAUGAAGCUCUGGCUGGAGGGCUCAGGCUUGCCCAAGCCCUGUAAAUCAGCCGGGUCAGUAUCAAAUCUGACUCUAGCCUGAUCGUUGGGCAAGUGACUGGAAACAUGGAGGCAAGAUAAGGACGCAUGGCACAAUAUAAGGACCUUGUACUU